AUGGUGGAGUCGGUGUCACUGGCUGGGCCAACAGCGGCGAUGUCGUUGGCAGAGUUUGACGGUAUGUUGUCCAUGGAAAGCGGAUUAAGAAAAUCAAUUUUAGAAACCGAUUACAUGACAAUGUUGUCGAAUAGUUUGAUGACGCGGGAGGGAGGGAGGGAGGCGCAGACAGCAGCGCUGGAGGAGGUGGAGGUGUUGGUGGAGGUGGCGACCGAUGGGUUGCAGGUCGGCGGAGAUGGCUUAGGGGAAGCCAUAUCAUACAAUCUUGGACCUGAAAAAUUAAGAGGCAUUUUAAGAUUAAGAGGAAAAAAAUAA